AUAGAGGUCUUCUAUAAGUACGAGGCGUUGUCGUUGGAGGAGAGGGAAGAGUAUCGAUCUCUAUUUGGCUGGAAGGGUGUCAGCGAAUACCAGGUUCUUGCAAUCUUCAAGACCAAUCGCUUCGAGACAUCUGACGGCAAAGGCGGCAUCUUCCUGAAGUCAUCGCGCUUCAACCACGCUUGCCAUCCAUUCUCAACCUGCACAUACAAGUACAACAGCGCGCAAGACCGUCUGAUCGUCAAAUCCCUUUCUCCAAUAGCCAAGGGAGAAGAAAUCACUAUCUCAUACUGCGACGCUCCGUCUACCCUCUAUGAUAAUUACGGCUUCUACUGUGACUGUAAAGCUUGUCCGCCA